AUGUCGAAACGUGCGGGUGAGCACGAGGAUGGCCCCCUCAAGGCUGGGCAUCGUCCAGAUGCAAUGGACAUGGACAUUGACACCGACAACGCCAACAACGACAAGGACAUGGGGGAGUUUGAAGACGAGUUUGAGGAUGAGUUCGAGAGCGAGGACGAAGUUCUUGAGGCGGGCGUCGACGGGAGACCAGAUGCCGAGAGGGAAAGAGAACAGGCCGAGAUGGACGUCGACAACCCCUCGGGCUCUGCUGGACCGUCCGCCUUCAUCGUUGGCAGAUCCAAGCUUGAGCCUGGCCAGACCCUCGCGCCCGACCCGUCUACCUACCACAUGCUCCACAACCUGUCGACGCCGUGGCCCUGCCUGUCCUUCGACAUAAUACCCGACGCCCUCGGCGACAAUCGCAAGGUCUACCCAGCCACCAUGUACACGGUCUCUGGCACCCAGGCCGAGGGCCUGCGGGCGCAGGAGAACGCCCUCAUGGUUAUGAAGUUUGCCGGUCUGAGCAAGAUGGACCGCGGGGAUGACGGCAGCGACGAUGAAGAGGACGACGAGGACGACGACGAGGACGCAGAACCCAUCCUCGAGUCUAAGUCCAUUCCGCUGUCGUCCACGACGAACCGCAUCCGCGCCCACCAGUCACCCGCUCCAGGCGCAUCCUCUGGGGCCCCGACCACCCUCGUCGCGACCAUGACUGAGUCCUCUCAUGUCUACAUCCACGACAUCACCCCUCAUCUGGCCAGCUUCGACACCCCUGGCACCAUCAUCUCCGACAAGCAGAACAGACCGCUGUCCACUAUCCGCGCACACAAGUCGGAGGGGUAUGCGGUGGACUGGUCACCCCUGUCUCCUGCGGGCAGGCUUGCCACCGGUGACAACGACGGUCUCAUCUACAUUACUACCCGAACCGACGGUGGCGGCUGGGUCACGGACACCCGGCCCCUGACCGGCCACACAGGUAGCGUCGAGGAGAUCCAGUGGAGCCCCAGCGAGGACAAGGUCUUCUCGUCUGCCUCGUCCGACGGUACAAUCCGCAUCUGGGACAUACGGAGCAAGAGCCGCAAGCCCAUGAUCACCAUGCAGGUCAGCAAGGCCGAUGUCAACGUCAUGAGCUGGAGCAAGCAGAGGUCCAACCUGCUCGCCUCGGGCGAUGACGACGGUGUCUGGGGCGUAUGGGACCUGCGCCAGUGGAAGCCCAACGCUACCGAGAAGCCCACCCCCGUCGCAAGCUUCGACUACCACAAGGAACAGAUCACGAGUGUCGAGUGGCACCCGACCGACGACAGCAUCGUCGCCGUGGCCGCCGGCGACAACACCGUCACCCUCUGGGACCUGGCCGUCGAGUUGGACGACGAGGAGAGCAAGGACACCGCAGGCGUGCAGGAUGUCCCACCCCAGCUGCUGUUUGUGCACUACCACGAGCAGGCCAAGGAAGUCCACUGGCACCCUCAGAUUCCCGGUACCCUGGUGGCCACCGGCCAAGAGUUCAGCAUCUUCAAGACCAUCAGCGUCUAG